CCUCCAGGCAGUGAUGCAACUCGGAGAGCUUCACCCUCGCAGUGUUCUCUCCCUAGGCUGCUGCUGGGUGUCAUUCUGCAGUUCACUCUAUGCUACGCUUACUCUCCUCAGCCCGAUUUUUACGCGUUCGGCAUCUGCAGCCAUCCCGUCUCACUAUAUCACGCGUCGAUGGAGGUAACGGUACUCUUUGAGGAGAUUUUUUUCGCGUAACGUGCUGCAGGUUUUUUUUUGCUGUGUAGCUGUUAAUUUUUCUUCCAAGCGGACAAUUUGUUUUUUCUCUUAAUAUCUUUGUACAAAAUGUGGGACGCAUCUGUAGUUAUCGAAGCUUCCACGGAGAACACGGAAUCUUAGCUUCCUGGAAAAAAGAGUCCCGCAGCCUUUUUCUCAUUUUCCCUAUCCAAUUGAACACAGAGGGGUUUGCAUGCAAAAGGUGGUUUAUUCCAGCGAGUCAUGGAGGGACUUGUCUAAGGAGGACCCAACAUAAUUAGCCUACUGUGUCACCCCGCUGUCUGGUUCUGAUUCUGUAUCGUCUCGUCUUGGCAAGCCUCACCACCCCACGGCGCUGCUCACCAUGGCAGAGAAGGCGACCAGCCCCGGGGUGCCAAAGGGCGGUGCUAGGGCCGGGGCGUCCCUCCCUCCGGAGCCCAUUGACAUCAUCCGGACCAAGGCCCGGUCCCGGAGGGUCCGGAUCAAUGUGGGCGGCCUCAACCACGAGGUCCUGUGGCGGACCCUGGACCGACUGCCACGCACCCGCCUGGGCAAGCUGCGGGACUGCAACACGCACGAGGCACUGAUGGAGGUGUGCGACGACUACAGCCUGAACGAGAACGAGUACUUCUUCGACCGGCACCCGGGCGCCUUCACCUCCAUCCUCAACUUCUACCGCACGGGCAAGCUGCACAUGAUGGAGGAGAUGUGCGCGCUCUCCUUCGGACAGGAGCUCGACUACUGGGGCAUCGACGAGAUCUACCUGGAGUCGUGCUGCCAGGCGCGCUACCACCAGAAGAAGGAGCAGAUGAACGAGGAGCUGCGGCGCGAGGCCGAGACGCUCAGAGAGCGGGAGGGCGAGUGCGAGUUCGACAACACCUGCUGCCCGAACAAGCGCAAGAAGCUCUGGGACCUCCUGGAAAAGCCCAGCUCAUCCGUGGCUGCUAAGAUCUUGGCCAUCAUAUCCAUUCUCUUCAUCAUACUUUCCACCAUCGCUUUGUCCCUUAACACCUUGCCUGAACUACAAGUGAUGGAUGAAUUCGGGCAGGCCAACGAUAAUCCUCAGCUUGCACACGUCGAAGCUGUCUGCAUCGCCUGGUUCACCAUGGAGUACCUCUUGCGGUUCAUGUCCGCGCCCAACAAGUGGAAGUUCUUCAAAGGGCCACUCAAUGUCAUAGACUUGCUGGCUAUUUUGCCCUACUAUGUUACUAUUUUCCUGACGGAAUCCAACAAAAGCGUUCUGCAGUUCCAGAACGUGAGGAGGGUGGUGCAGAUAUUCCGUAUCAUGAGAAUAUUGCGGAUUCUCAAACUUGCCAGACAUUCCACCGGAUUGCAGUCCCUUGGAUUUACACUCAGAAGAAGCUACAAUGAGCUGGGCCUGCUGAUAUUAUUCCUAGCCAUGGGAAUUAUGAUAUUCUCAAGUUUGGUGUUCUUUGCGGAGAAGGACGAGGAUGCCACCAAAUUUACCAGCAUUCCAGCUUCUUUCUGGUGGGCAACCAUCACCAUGACAACAGUCGGCUACGGAGACAUAUACCCGCAAACGUUGCUGGGCAAAAUUGUCGGCGGACUUUGUUGCAUCGCUGGUGUGCUGGUCAUUGCCUUACCCAUCCCCAUCAUCGUGAAUAACUUCUCCGAGUUCUAUAAGGAGCAGAAGAGGCAAGAGAAGGCGAUCAAGAGGCGAGAGGCCUUGGAGCGGGCAAAGAGGAACGGCAGCAUCGUGUCCAUGAACCUGAAGGACGCUUUUGCCCGGAGCAUGGAGCUAAUGGACGUGGUGGUGGAGAAAAGUGAGGAGAAGCGCGUGGACAACCACCUCUCACCGAGCCGCUGGAGCAUCCCGAAACGCACAUCCUCGGAGGUCAGCCUGAAAUCGAUGGAGAAGAAAUAUCCAGAGCCGGUUCCCUUGGGGUCACAGGAGGCCAUUAAGACGGGCAGUCCACAGCACCUCAGCGCUCGGAAACUGGAACAAAUGUACAACCAGAUGACCAGGUCACAGUCCUUCUCCAAUCUCACCUUGCCGACGAUCAUUCAGACCGAGGUGCCGCUGAAACCAGAGGUGGAGCUGGAACUGAAGGUGGUGUUGACCCCCGAGCCACCCGCCAAGCCCCCCGUCACCGAGGUCCGAAGCAUAUCAAGCGUUGACAGCUUCACAAGCUGCACCAAUGAAUUUGGCGAGGGCGACAAGUCUUCCAUUUCCUCGAACUCUACCGGGCAGGGGCAGAUGAAGCCUCAGAAGCCACCCCCGCUCGAUCUAAGCCAGCUGACCCCGCCCGAGAUGGGGUCCGAGGACACCAGCUCGCAAGGGACCGUCAUGAAGGACGGCCUGUACGAGCUCGUCCCCAACAACCCGAGCCGUGGGGACAGCAUCCAGAGCUCCUUAAGGACCACCAACCCGGUCAAGACGAAGGGUCUGAAGGUCAACUUUGUGGAGACGCCGGAGGAGGUCCCCCUCACACCUCCCAGCACCUGCUCCCCCCAGGAUAUCAGCAGCAGUAGCCUGCUGGAGGACGAGUCCCCCGAUGGGGAGCAGACCUCGCUCUGCCCCGAGUCCGAGCCCCUCCUGAUGGUACCGGAGGAGGAGGAGGAGGCGGAGGAGGAGGAGGAGCAGGUGCCACCGUCGUCGGGGAACGCGGAUGACGGAGACCCCCAGGCGAUGACGAAAUUGGCCCCACUCACAGGGGAGCUCAUGGAAGAGAAGGAGGACGACUUGGCCCCGGAGAACUCUGAGGAGAAGGGGAAGCCAGAGGAGGUGGAGGAGGAGGGGGGAGAGGAGGAAGCUGAGAAGGAGGCCGGGGCGGCCUCCGUAGUGGGGGCCUUCUCACACAAAGCUGCCAAGCAGAACUGCACCCAAGGGGUGGUGGGCAACGCGGCGGGAGACGACAAAGCCGACAGCAACCAAAGUGGACACAAAGUGGAGAACCACAUGUUUACACCCGAGAUCCAUCUCAUGCCGGGAGAUGGCGAAACGUCCUCGACUUGUGAGACAAGCAUGUGACUGUGACAGCGUGGGAUAUGGAUAUGCAGACCCACAAGAGGAACACAUACAAAGGCGCUCAGAUGUAAUGAAAGUGAUAUUUUUGCAUGGCAUGGCAAGUCCCUUUUAACUGUGUCGUUGUUUGAUAUUAAUAUAAUGUGAGACUGCAGUCUGCAGGCAAGACUUGGGUAUGAGUGGAGGGCCUGGGAGCUCGCAAAGAGCAUAUCUAUCCAUUUAUGAGGAUGUUUUUGAUCUAAAACUGUACAUUUGAACUUUUUUAUUUUAUUUUAUUUAUUUUUUGGUUCUUUUAUAGAGACAGUGAGAAAUGCACAGUGGGAUAAAUCUUUUAAAAAAAAAGCAUGCAUUUAAUUUAAGAAAUCAAUGUAAUUUUACGGUGCUUAGUCUGCUGAAAGCGCUCCACUGUAAAUACAAGAAUGACCACGGCUGUGGCAACACCCUGAAUGACAGGACACAACUGUUUUUCAAAGGUACAUGUUUCAGUCACAGAGAAACACACAGUCAGACUUGGCAGGGGGAUGUGGGGAAGAGUUGCAUAGUAGCGACCUAUAAAAACAUAUCAUAACUUUUUGUGGGAAUGCAAAAUGUAUACCAUGAUGCCGAUACAAUGUUUUUCUGUGUUCAGAUUCAUCCAUGGAUUGUAAUGUUAUCGUAUGUUUUGGUUGGCAUAGUAAUUGGUUUAAUGCCCAAAUUAAGAGUUAAUAUCAUAAACUUCAGACUGAAAGACCAUAAUUUGUAUGAUAAAGAAUUAAUCCUCCUCUAAUGAAAUCAUGUGUUGCAUACAUUGUGCACUGGUAGUUGCCAAAUACAUCAUGAAGAUGCAUAGAUGCUUAUGAAAAUAUAAUACAUAUGAAGUUGGCUUUAGGUCCUAGGUGAAUAAACAAUGCCAGCUUAAGAAAGUUUGCAGAACCAUCAAAGGCCUAUCUUCAGUCUGAUCAAAAAUAUUUUCUUUUGUCAAAUUAUCAAGAAAAAUAACCCACCUGACUAUAACACUAUCAGUCAGUUGCACAUAAACCAUAGUAAUAGAUGCUGUAGCUUUUGUGUGAAGUUGAUAGAAAUCUAAUUCCCCAGAGAAUGUCACUAAUGACUCCAAUAGUUCUGGUCGUUACAUCUCACAUAUGAUGCCGCAGAUCUCAUUUUAUUAUACAAUUACCACAGAAUAAAGUAUUAUUAUUCAUGCUGUUAUGAGACCAGUGACGUAGUGCUUCUAUUUACAGGUGCGUCAUACUUUAUUCUUAAACCUAAACCAGAUGUGUAAUACUGCAUGCAAGUGUUCCAUCAUUUUGAUUUUCUCAUGGUGGUUGUCACUGUAUUGUCAACAUACCCACCAUCACCCAUACUCAGACAUACCAGUCCUGUAAGGCAUUAAUUCAGUUAAGUUAUCCAAUACCUUUUAAGUGUUCAAGAUUCAUUCAAAUCAUUAUAGUUCCUUAGUAUCAUGAAUCCUGGUGUUAGAUACGCUCAAGUCGAUUUUUAACCCAACCCAAAGUUUUACCUUUUUGUCAAUGAAUGAGAAUAUAUAUUUAAUGUUGCCUUUUAUUCUUACACUGCUGGAGAGUACAUUUGUAUAUUUAUUUUGCGUUGGCAUGACUAAGAGUGCUAAAACUGUUUUCUUGAUACCGCAUGAAAAUGAAGUGAGAGAAAGGAAGGGGGGAAGUAUGAGUUGUGUGAACUGAACGUAUUUGUUGGUUUUCCCUGUCAGAGUCGGAAAGUGCAAUACAACAUACUGCAAUCUAUGCAGGCCAAGAAUUGUGGCACUUUAUUUGCAGUCCAGUGAAUUUGUAAGUGUACAGGCAUAAACACUUGUAUUUUUCAGAAGAUGUAUCUUUAAUAUUUGAAAUGAUGACGUUACCACUCAAAAUAUGAACUUAAAAUUAAAGAUUUCUUUUCCUGAAGGUAUGUGUGGCUGACAGUCGUGAUUAUAAUGUACACAAUGUCAGUCCUCAUUACUUUGAAAGUUACAAUUAAUCUGACCAAGAGGGCCUUUUAUAAUUCUCUACAAGGAAAGGCUUUAAGUUAACAUCUGAUACGAAUCUACAAAUGAUUCAAUUUUAAUUAUUUAAAUGACCUCACACAAAGUAAGUAUUUUUGUUUUGUGAAUCAAUGUUGACAAUGAUUCUAUUUUUUCUAAACCAAAAUCAAGCAUAACCACAAUUUCCUGCCAUGUGGUGGUUGAAAUGACACAUGCCUUUUUCAUAAAAUGUCCUUUAUGAGAAGGCUACAAGUCAUUUGGCUUUGUUCAUAUAGCACUGUACAGAAAAUUCUAAUUUUUAUAGGAGAAAAAUCAGGUCUUUAUGUAAUAGAUACAAGUAAUAUAAUUGAGUUCUCAGGUUUUCUAUAAUAUUAAUGUUCUGAUAGGGUAGAAUUAUUUUUUUUCCUUUCAUCAUUUUCAGGUAGCACCGACUCUUUCUUUGUUCUUUUUUAUGUUGUCAAAUACACAUUGAUGUCUUGGAUAUCAAUGGAGCAGCAUCACAAAUGUAGCUCCUCUUUACUCCAUCCAUAUCCGCGUCUGAAUCUAAAGACUGUGAACGGAGAACCACACCACGCCACACAACACACCACACAUGAAGAGGACCACUGUCCUCAUUUGUUUUUUGCACAUUGGACAGAUAAGUCAGUAAGAAAGGGAGUGCAGUCAUCUUAAAACAGGUUUCACCAAUUGGUGGCGCCAUAGGUCACUGAUUUGUCAUGCUUGUCAAUAGUGAGCAAACAGCCCAAAAGGGCGGGGUGGUCUGGUCAUAGAAUAAUACAAGACACAAGAGCACUGAUCAAAGUCUUUCCAUGAAUGGGGAGGAAUGAUUUUCUUCUAUUUAGUAUUCUACACAAUCAAACAGCCACGGUUGUUCAAAAUUUGAGAUGAUAUUUGGUGUGGACUCUUUCCUGAGGGGAAACCAUCUUUUGCACACACACAGCAUUUUCAAAUUCUACACAGGUGAUUGAUUUUUUGUCUUUUCCACCAACAUACAUGUCUACAGUGUUUGUGUUAAUGGAAUUGAAAACAGAGACAAACAACCUGGAUGUCUCUGUGUGCUUUUAUGUUUUGAUAUUCGUCCAAAUGUGAGGACAAAUGUAGGAACAGUGGACUCACAAUCGCACCAAUAGUGUUAUUUAUGUGUUUGUUUUUAUGCUUGUCUAUUUAUUUAUCACUUGUCCCUAAGUAAGGUACGAUGUUUUUUUCUUUUGAAACUCUAAUACUACAUAUUUAAGUUUUCAAGUUUGUUUCACUCUCUAUUUUUUCAUUUGUAUCUAACAUCUCCAUGUGAAUAUAGAAACAUCUCUCAUUAAAAUGAUGGGGAAUAGUUGACCAAUCGGUGAUUUGGUUCUGGACGGCUUUCUUUCAAGAUGGUUACUGAAUGGACGCUGAAAUUAACUCUGUGAGCUAACAGCGCAAAAUGGACUGUAAAGCAUGUCUCUCUCUCUCUCUCUCUCUCUCUCUCUCUCUCUCAUCACACUAUCACCUGUGAUACCUUAUGUUGUCAGGACGAGUGUGUGCGAUUUUAUUUUCUUUGAAAGAAAGGCUAUCGUUUCACCAUGUUUGUGUCACUCCACCUGUCAUCACAGCCAGUCUUUCCAUGGCAUAACUGCAUCAUUGCAUCCUCCUGUCGUCUUCUGCCUGUUUUGGGAGUUUGUUUGUUUGUUUUUUGACUUGUUUUUGGUUUUAAAAAGGUUUUAUCAUGUAACUAGGUAUCAUUAGACAACUUUGCGCAUAUCAGCAUUUGUAUGCAUGUAGUAAUCUGUACAAUUGUGUGACCACUGAACACUUUGUUAUGGUACAUGUAUGUCAACAUUUCUGUAAGAUAAACAGCAUUGUUCCCCCAUAAGUCUAGCAUAUGCAGGAUGAAAAAUAAAAGUGUAUAUAACUCA